GCCUGGUGGACUCACCCUCCCCUUAUGAGAUUCUGGGGACAGGGAAGGAUGGGGUGCUCCCUAGAGUUGCAUGAGAGGCAGCUGCAUAGUGGCAAGGUGACCAGGCCCAAGGUACAGCAGGACAGCAUAGAGUGGGCACUGCUGGACCAGCUGCUGCCGGCCACUAAAGACUUGAGCAGGUAACACAUGCCAGGCCAGGGAUGCUCAUUUCAGUUGUGUCGAUGCCCCCAGCAGCAGGUGACCUGAGACCUGAGCCCCACUCUGGGCCCCCACCACCCUUGCUGCCCAAACCGGGAAAAGACAACCAGAGACUUCAGAAGCUACUGAGAAAGGCUGCUCGGAAGAAAAUGGUGGGAAUGGCCCCCACCCCACCUGGGGCCUUCCGUACGUCCCUGUCCCCUGUGAGUGAGGCCAGUCAUGACCUGGAAACCACAGUCCAGCGUCCUGCUGAAGUCCCUCACAUGGUGGUCCCUCUUCCCCGCUCCCCACAUACCCCCAUUAUUCACCACGUGGCCUCACCCCUGCAAAAGUCCACUUUCUCUUUCAGCCUUCCUCAGCAAAGAUCUCUGGCAACUCAUUUCAAGGCACCUCCUAGGCUUGAAGCCCCAGCCCCAGAAACUUCCAGGCCCCACAGUAGCUUUGCCCAUGUAUCUGCACCUACUGCAGGUGGUUCCCACAUCACCCAAGUACAUAUCCAGCUAUCCCCAUCCUCACAUACUGGGAGUUCUGAGUCCCUGAGGAUAGCCCUGGAUGGGGAUAAAAGCCUUUGCACUGCUAGCACCCAGUCUCUCAUCCCAGUGGCACAUAUUCGCCCACUGCCCACAGUGGGCGAAUAUGGGACACAGGCAGGCAAUUCUGGACCAGAGGAAGCCCCUGUAGCAAGACCACCACCUAGCUUUCAGGCCUCAGCGUCCAGAGAGGCUAGCGCUAGGGUGGUGGUGCCCAUAGCUCCUACCUACCGCUCAUCUGGACCCUCACCUUAUAGCCCAGCUCCUGCAGCUCCUGAAGCAGAACCCCUAGAGGAGCUGCCCACAGCCAGCCGUGCUAUGGAGCCCAAGUAUGUCUCCAGCCUCCCAGAAGCCUUGGGCCCCUCAGACCUCCACCCAUGCCCUGUUCCCAAAGUUGCACCCAAGCCCUGCCUUAGUGGCUGGACACGCCUAAAGAAGCAGCUGAUGGAGGAGGCAGAGGAUCCUGCAUUUCCAGAGCCAGGACUGAACCUGGAACCCGUGCAACCAGAGGUGUCAGCUCCUGUGGGCCCACAGCCUCCUGCCUCCAGGGCCUGUAGGAUGUGGGAUGCAGUGUUGUACCGCAUGUCAUUGGCCGAAUCCCGUAGAGGCCACCCUGUGGGGCUUGGAGAUGGGGGGCAUCCCCCCGCCUGCCUCAGCCGCCUGCCUUUUCUGUGCCGACCUCGCUUCAAUGCCAGGAAGCUACAGGAGGCUGUCCGGUCCACUCCUACCCUGAACCCCAUCCUGGAGCUGCAUUCUCAGCCCAAGAACUUCAACCGGACAGCAGCCGGUUGGAGGCUCCAGUGACAUAGCCAGAAUAGCUUCUGGGACUCUGGACUGGGGUGGACAGAGACUGACUGAGACUGAGGAUACAGAGAGAGGGCCUUGUCCUCACA